UUCCAUAGAUAAAAAAAGAGUUGUAACUAUUUUCUAAAAACUUUAGAGAUUGUUAACCAACAAGCAAACUAACAAUAACAAAACAAAAAAAGUGCACAUGUAAGAGAUGGAAGGUAUGCAAAAAAAUACGAUAGACAAAGAAAACAUUGACUAUAAAAAAAUCAAAAAUGAAAGAGAUGAAUACUUUGAACUAUUGAGGAACUGGUUGGAUGAUGCCAGGUUGUGGCAAAACAUUUCGACAAGAGCUCCUUCGCCUGCCGGAACCAACCAAAAUUCACAUCUAAAUUCGUCUAGAAACUUUGCACAAUCAUAUGUAUGGGAUCAAAAUUUUAUAAAUAAUAUAUUACGACAAAGAGUACCUCUUGGUGGAUACUAUACUACACUAGGAAAUCUACAAGACAUUCCUCUAUUCGCGACAUAUCCAUUCAACUUAACCCCAAACGUCAGACAACCCCCAACUAGUUAUGAAUUUGUUAUUCCUCCAUUGUGGAAGAGAUUAGUAGCUGAAUUUAUAGACUUCAUGAUACUGUUUAGCGUCAAGUUGGCAUUGACAUUUUUACUAAUGGAAAGCUUCAAUUUUAUAAAUCUUGAUUUUUAUGGCUUUGAAUCAUUCCAAAAAAAAUUAGAAAACCCUGAUAUUGCUUAUCCUAUGGCACUAGAAAUUCUAACCCUAGAGUUCUUGCACAGAUUAGUGGUUUGUGCUUUUGAGACGUACUUCCUCAAAGGACAACUUUGUGCAACCCCUGGAAAGCGAUAUAUGGGACUUAUGGUCAUCAAAGUAAACACUUUAAACCUGGUACCCGGCCGGGCCAUACAAACGGUAACUGCAACUGGAGCUUCACCUCUAGGUUGGCAGAAAUCACUAUUAAGAUCUGUUCUAAAAACAUUUAUUGUUGGCCUCUUACUGCCCUUAUGUAUAACAUUUUAUAUAUUUCCACACAAUCGAACUAGUUAUGACAUGAUGACAAAUACAUUAGUUGUUGAAAGUAACUCAGAUUUUUUAAUGUAUCAUGGUCUUGCAUAAUUAUAAAAGUUACACAAAAGCUGGAAAUUUUGUCCUCUAGUCUAACGUGAUAUAUGGACUGGCCAACAUUUUGUGAUAUAGUAAUUAUUGCUAUAUUUUAACAAAAAAAGAUAUGCUGGAUUUUAAGGGCAAAUUUUUACAAGAAUAUUACUGCUAACUUCUAACUUUCAGUAACAAUCCAACUGUGAUAAAAUUUACAAAUUCAGGCACCUGCGUUGAUAUAUUUAAGACAACUUGAAAUUUAUCUUCAGUAAAAUAAUAUUUAGGUAGGCCAUUUUAUGUCAUAUAUACCUCAUGUAUUCUUUUAACUGUUCUCCAAUAAAUGCUCUAUUUGUAGUAUUUUCUCCACUGUUAAAUUUUUAUUGAUACAAGGUUCCAAACUAUGCUUUGCUUCAGUGAAAAACUUGUGUACUUAUGAAUUAUUGUUGAAUUAUUUGAAUAGUUUGUUAACAUUAUGUCACACACGAAAAGUAAAUAAAUGCCAAAUGGCAAAUAAAAAU